UCUACCUGAUGAUGGUGAGGGAUGGUGUGACCUUCCUGUGUGGAAUCCCGGGAAUACAGAGGACGGGGACAUCUCUCUGGUGGGUUCCCAUGACUGGAUCCAUCUAGAUCCUUGUGUCCUUCUAAAAUACUCCCACUCCUCCAUGGAGAAAUAGACAGUGACACCCUGACACCUUAUAGGAACCUGACACACACAAUGAUACAGUCACCAUCCAGACACAUCCCUUGUCUGUUACUGGAGAAUGUCCCAGAAUUCCCGGCACCGCUCACCUCUCCUGUCAGCAGCUCAGUGAUCUCUCUGGUGACUUCUAGAAUCUUCUGCAUGUUGUGUCUCUCAGGGUUUAGGGAGUCACAUGGAGGCACUGUGAUGGUCAUAUGA